CUGAGGAAAGAGGGAGUCUCUCUCUCUCUCUCUCUCUCUCUCUCUCUCUCUCUCUCUCUCUCUCUCUGUCUCAGUCAGACUUGCCGGCUACUGGUUUCUUCUUCCUCCUGUCUACUUGGGGUUUCUCUCUGCCGGCGGCUGGCUGGAGGAGUUUAGCUGUGUUCUGGCUGCCUGUCUGGGUUUGAACAUGGACUGAACGGCUGCACGCAGCGAGACAUGAGAAGAGCCACUGGAGAUUCACUGUAAGCAGCUUGAUCUGUUGUGCUGUCUACAAGGAGUGGCAGCGGAUCUGUCUUUCUGAAGACAUUUGUGGCAUGAAACCAGAUCGCACACGUCUUUCAUUCAUCACCACCUCCUUCAUCUCCCUCCACCACUCUCCUGUUAGGAACUCUCACCUCAGCUCCACCGCAUUGAUGAGGUAACGUCAAGCUCUACGCAGCGCAGCACCCAUCUGCACAAACACCACCCUCCCCCCUCCCCUUCCUUCUGUCAAUCCAUCCGUCAUAGUCAUGGGACAGAAGAUCUCUGGCGGCAUUAAAUCGGUAGAUGGUCGCGGGGAAAGCGGUGGUUCCCCGUCCUACCGGCCCUCAGCUCACCGCCGGCAGCACCCAGAACUGAGGGAUCCAGAUUUCUCCAAACCUCCCAGGCUGGAUCUCCUGCUGGACAUGCCAUGUGCUGGACUGGAGACCCAGCUCCGUCAUGCAUGGAACCCUGACGACCGCUCGCUAAACAUCUUUAUCAAAGAGGAGGACAAACUGACAUUUCACCGCCACCCGGUUGCUCAGAGCACGGACUGCAUCCGGGGUCGGGUUGGAUACACGCGGGGUCUCCACGUGUGGAAGAUCCACUGGCCCUCCCGCCAGCGUGGCACCCACGCUGUGGUUGGGGUGGCGACCUUAGAAGCUCCUUUACAUUCUGUUGGGUACACGGCGUUGGUGGGGUCGGACUGUGAAUCCUGGGGCUGGGAUCUGGGACGCAACCGGCUCUACCAUGACAGUAAGAACAGGGCCCACAACUCACUGCCCACUUACCCUUGUUUCCUGGAGCCGGAGGAGUCGUUCUCCCUGCCGGACUCUCUGCUAGUGAUUCUAGACAUGGAUGAAGGUACGCUGAGCUUCAUGGUGGAUGGACAGUAUCUAGGAGUCGCAUUUAGAGGACUGAAAGGCAAGAAGCUGUAUCCUGUUGUCAGUGCCGUGUGGGGACAUUGUGAGAUAUCCAUGAAGUACAUCAACGGCUUGGAUCCUGAACCUCUUCCUCUGAUGGACCUGUGUCGCCGUGCGGCCCGCCUGGCGCUGGGCAGGGAGCGUCUUCAGGAGAUUGAUAGCCUCCCUCUGCCCCAGUCCCUGAAAAGUUACCUCCAAUACCAGUGACUGAAACCAGCAGAGCCAACUGGGAGUACAAGGACACAAACCAGACCACCAGAGAGUCCAAAAGAUGGAUUAAAUAAUUUAAUUAAAGAAUACAAAGAGGGGAUGGAAGAAUGUCUCCACACUGAGAGCGCCAUAGCUCCACUAAAGAUGGAUUUCUAAAAGGAUGGAGAGAAAGAUGGUGGAUGAACUGACUUUUAAACAAAGAACGGGACAGCACCAGCUUCUUUUGGAUUCCCAGCUGCUUUUUCAUUCGUUUUUUUGACUUGAAAUAAAUUAUUAAUGAUGGUAUCCCAUCAGCGUCUCUCUCAUCCAGAAAGAAAACCCAUCCUCUGAUGGCAUUGUUAAGAGGUGACAGUGUUAAGACAACCACUGCCACCUAGUGAUGAGAAUAAAGAGCUGCGCCUGAGAAAGCACACUAAUCCUAUCCCUGGAGGCCUUUCUGACACACAGUCAGUGAACAUAUCAUUGCUGUUGGAUACCACAGUGUGUAUUCAUGGUCUCCACUAGCGCAGGUGGCAGGAUGCAGAGCCCAGAUGCCCAUUAGGAUUUUAGCACUAAUGUUAUUUUUAUCUGACCGACUUGGGGCCCGACCAAAAGCUCAAAUUGCAUAAAGAGCAGAUCAAAACAUGGCUGAAAGGUGUAUGCAAAGUUCAGUAAAAGAAAUAAAGCAUGGCAAACGUAUCUCCUGGAUUCAGGUGAGAGUUGAGCCCUUUGCAGCAAGAAAUAAGUAACGUCGACCAGUCAUAGUGAUGGCUCGAUCAGAGUUGGUUACAUAAAAGUUUGUUACGGCUAGGUUCACAAUGCUUGUACAGUAUUUAGCAGCUGGUGCGUGAGAAGGAGCAGCAGAGCUGAAAAUUAAUGAUAUGAAAGAAGAAAAGUGGAUCAGGAUGGAUAGAUUUUAUUUAAUGUUUUUAGUUCAAGUCUUAAUUAAUGACCACUGUCAGCUUGAGAGGAGCUCACCACCAGGUCCACCAGUCAUCAGUUUUAUCAUUAACGGUCUCGUGAUUAUUUUUAACGUAGAGUCCUUUUUAUUGUCUGAUCUGACAUGAGAACAGUCUCAUCAACAACUUCAAAUUGGCACAUCUUCAGCGUUUGCAUUUAAUCCUUUAACGUGCACACUUUGUGCUGCUGCCGCCUUAUUGUAAAUGCGAUGAUAUUAAAUAAAAACUGCGCUGUGUUGGACGUGUUAUGGAAAUGUUAUGAGGUCUGACUUAUUUAGAUUGCCGUCAAGACUUUAACGUACCGAGCUGCAUGUCUGAAAGGGGCUUUGUUAAGGAAACUGCUCACUGUUUAAAGAAGUGUUAAGUUGCACUGAGAGUCAUUCCUCACAGGACACUAAAUCAUGUAUUAUGAUGUCAAUCACGACCAAAGUAUUUCAUACAAAGCCAUGGAGUGUGUGAAUGUGUCUGCAGGAGCUGUAGGUCGCGGCCCGUCGCAGUAUAACUAGUGCUAAUAUGCUGUUGGCAGUAAGAAGAGCCUCACCUGCUGUUGUAGCACCCUGCUGUAGCUCACUGGUACCAGACAGUAUCUGUCUGCUCUCCGUACAACUGUCUUAAUGACCACAAACAAGCAAACAAACAAACAGGACCAGAUCUAGUCUCACUGGAUCUUUACAGGCUGGAGCAGGAUGGAGGAACUGCUACCGUAGCAGCAGGGCAGAUGUGUUACUGGUUAAGAAUAGGAUGCAGAUGAUAGAUGCACACACACACACACACACACACACACACACACACACACACACACUGUAGACCAAUCAUGUUUUAUUUCCUAAAAAAAGCUUGAGUCACUUUUUUUUUUACUUCUGAGUUUGUAUCCUACAUUAUUAUCGUUAUUAUUAUUAUUAUUAUUAUUAUUAUUAUGAUUAUUAUUAUUAAUAUUAUUGUUAGUGUGGAGUCUGACGAUGGUAGGGUAAUGAUGAUAAUGGUGACAAUGAUGAAGAUGAUGCGGAUGAUUAUUUAUCACAAGCUAGUGUUUGUUUGUUUUUUAAACUGAUCAUCGAUGGUUACAUUCAGGUAAAUUAAUACAAAGAUGCUGGUGAUGAAGGGAGAGAGAAAUCAAAAGUUGUUUUUUUCAAUGCUGCUUUUAUUAUUAUUAUUAUUAUUAUUAUUAUUAUUAUUAUUAUUAUUAUUUGUGAUGGUGGUAUUCUAACUCCUGUUUUCAUCAGUUAGGAUGGGGAGAAAAGGAGCAUUCAGAAAAGUAGUUGAAUGUAUGGGCAGACGGUGCAGUUGAGAUGUCAACAGAUACGAAAUGUGAAUAAAAGCCAAGUGAAUUUGAAAAAU